AUGGGUGUCUGGGUAGUUGAGAUCAUCCCACUGGAUGCGGGCUACUUUUUGGAUGAUGGGAACCGGGUUACUGUUCUGCACCACAAGAAUGUGAAGGCGGAGGUGAACGAUGUCAAAUUUGCCAGGUUAAUGCUCUGGUACGGGGGCAAAGAUAUUCCACUGGUUGAGAGUGAGUCGUCUGGGUAUCCAUUGAAUUGGCGGGGUAUUGGACAGAUCAGUGUCCCAGCCAUGGAGGGUUGCAGUGGGAAGUUCACGGGCGACGUCAAGAAGCCAUAUCGCGGUUCCUGUACCAACGUCCGCAAUGACUGGGUUUGA